CUCAAUACGUCAACAAAUUGACCAACAUAACCUGAAAACCGCAGAUGUCGCUAACAGAUAUUUCUAGUGAUUGUAUGUCUAUCAGUUUGUGUGAAGUGGUCCCUGUUUAUUAAUUUGUGACAGACAAACAAAAUACGGUUUAAUUUUAGUUAUGACAGUUUAACCGUUCAGUAUUUUUCUUGUAAUGUAACAACUUAAUCAACAUGUUAUCAGAGGUUCCCAGGGAAUUUAGGAGGCAUGCAAAACAUUGUAACAGUUUGUCCAGAAUUUUAAGAGACACGAAUUGUGCUCUCGAGUAUAUUGUUAAUACUCUCCAGUUGGGACGUGAUCUUAGUGAAGAUAUUGUUAAUCAAGAUAUUAUUGAUAAACUUAGGGCCAAACUCACUAGAAGUCCGACUUUAUUAAUUUUCGGUCAAGAUUGCCAUGCCAAAGCUUUGUUUGUAAAUAAACUGUUAGGACAACCGAUUCUACCCCUUCACAGCAAAAGAUGGAGAUAUAUAACUUUUAUUCAUGGACACAUCAAAAAUAUCCGUUUGACGUUGGGUCAUGAUAUCGAAAUAGUGGAGCAACUGAAAGCUCACGAAAGAAAUUGGGUUACUCUGCCUGAGGAAGAUUUGCAAAGAAACGAUGAAGAGUGCCUGUUGGAUCAUUGUCCCUCCCUGGAAGUCGAAUUAAAUCAUGCUGUGUUGAAGGAAAAUGUUAAAAUAAUGGUACCUCCAGACUGUCAGCCCGAACAGUUGCCAGAAGUUUUGGGUAAACACAUGGAAAACACUUUGCCUGUGAUAAUAUAUACCAUCUCCAAUGAUUUGUUAAGUGAAAUUGAUAUUCAAGAGAUUAAGAAACUUAAAGAGAUAUAUAGGAAGCCGUUUUUAUUUGUGAAAGUUUGUGAAGUUACAGAAGUUGUUACAGUUACUAAAAGUACAGAUUCUCUGACUGAAUCUGAACAGCACUCCAUUGAGUGCAAUGGUGGUCGAAAGUAUUCAUCUAAAUUGCAAAAUUUGCAUGAUCAAUUGGAAAGACUGGGAUAUAUAAAUGUGGAAAACGCUAAGACUGAUAAUAUUAUGAAGAGAAAAUCGUAUUGUUUGGAUUGUAACUUGGACAAUACGUUGAUGUGUGAUACUAAAAUUGAUGAAGAAUUUGUGUUGUUCAUAAGGGAGGUUUUAAAAUCCAGUGUUUUGAAAAUGGCUGCAUUGCUUAGUGAUAUUCAUAAUCAAUGUCUGAGAAAAUUUAUACUCUCAGCCUUUGAUAUGGCCCGGGAAAUUCAAAUCACACCAAAACGAAUAUCAUUUGCCCAAAAAAUUGAGCUGAAACUCUACAAAACGUUGAUGGAAAUUGCCAGUGCUCAGCAGGAGAAAAUUACUCAAAUAAUCCAAAGAACUCUCUUGGACAUGAAGUCUAAUGUAGCUGAAGUGCUUGAAGAAUACAACCAACAUGAUAAUAAUCAACAGACCCCAAAAAUGGCCAUGAUGGAAAUCCAACAACUAGUGUUGAGACGUCUAAGCAACUCGGUGGCCACUCAAAUCGUCCAAUCAGUUGGUUGUCUUCAAGAGAGCUACACUGGCACUUUGCAGAGGUGCUUGGAGAGUCUCGAAAAAAAUUGUCACGACUUCGAGGGAAGCUUGUCGGCCUCCGAUGCCGUCAAACAAAUAAUCAGCGCCGCCUACAAUAUAGAUCUUAAGUCCUCAACGUCAUUUUCGGUUGUGCAAACGUUCAUGGACAAGCUGAGGACGUUGCUGUCGACGCUGGCGCUGCCCUGGACGUCGUCCUGUCAAAUACAAUGCAACUUACAGUGGCAACUGCAGGUCGUCACUAACAUGAUCGACUCUCUGAGUGCUUCGAAGCUGGCCAAAACGAUUUCUCUACAGUUUCAAGAGCACGUAAAAGCAUCACACGAAGCGUUCCAAUCGGCCAUGAGAUCUCUCGAAAACCAACUCUGCGGCCAGUUGGAACAGACCGAGGAGCAACGGGUGACAAUACGCAAACGACACGCCCCGAGGUUCGCACGCCUCGCCUUGGAAAGCACGUCGCUGUGCGACCUGGUCAGAUGGGGCAUGCCGAAGCAAAUCAAGGAGAUCGGCAGAGGACAGUACGGGGUGGUGUCCGCGUGCGAACCGUGGGCCGGCAUAAAUCCGUGCGCAUUCAAAUCGGUUGUGCCUCCGGAUGAUAGACAUUGGAACGAUUUGGCGAUGGAGUUUUAUUAUACGAGAACAAUUCCGGAGCAUCCGAGGAUAGUGAGAUUGCGUGGUUCGGUGGUGGAUUACACGUACGGCGGCGGUAGUUCUCCUGCUGUUCUGCUAAUUAUGGAGAGGAUGACGAAGGAUUUGUAUUGCGGGCUCAGAUCCGGCCUGUCGUGGGUCAAAAGAGUGCAGAUUGCCAUCGAUGUUGUUGAGGGUAUUAGGUAUUUACAUUCGCAAGGCCUGGUACACAGAGACAUCAAGCUUAAAAACGUCCUAUUGGAUAACGAGGAUCGUGCCAAAUUAACGGACUUCGGUUUCUGUAUACCAGAAGCUAUGAUGUCUGGCAGUAUUGUGGGCACACCGGUACACAUGGCACCCGAACUGCUGACUGGAAGAUACGAUUCCAGUGUUGAUGUGUACGCUUUUGGUAUACUUUUUUGGUACAUUUGCGCAGGCCAGGUCAAACUCCCUAUUCAUUUCGACCAGUUUCAAAACAAGGAGCAACUCUGGAACAGCGUCAAAAAAGGCAUACGACCUGAGUGUUUGCCGCAUUUCGAAGAACCGUGUUGGAAUCUCAUGCAAAAGUGUUGGUCGGCGGAACCUUCCGAACGUCCCUUACUCGGUUACGUUCAGCCACAGCUUGAAACGAUUUAUAACCGGGCGAUAGAGCCUUCAGGCAAGUUAAACAAUAACAAUGCUUUACCGGGACAUAAAACACACCAAAAACAAUGUGAUAAUUGUAAUUAUUCCCAUUAACGCUAGCUUAAUGCUUUGCUUGAUGAUCAGUAGAUAUUCAUUUUUAUCCAUGCACCACACUUUUAUGAAAUUUACUUAAUCAUUUCAGAUUCCUAAUCAGCAAGAGGACUUUACUAAUUUUU